CAACGAGAUGCACGUUUUGGACAUAAAAUUAAAACGCGGUGACAAGGAGACCAACAAAAUAAAUAAUAACCAACGAAUAUGGAGCGGCAGUAGCAGUAAAAAAAACAAAAACAACAUCAUCAGCAACAAUAAGAGGAAUAAUAGUAAAUUUAUAAUGUUUAUGUCAGGCCUCGCUUCGCUGAGUACCAAUUGGCGACGGCGGCGACGGCGACGGCGAUGCGGCAGCGACGCAACAACAACAACAACAAUUGCGACAAGUCGUCAUAAUGAUAAUUGCAAUUAUACUACUACAACAAUGCCAACAACCAAUGAUUUCAAUAAAAUCAAUAAAUUGCUGCUAAUUACGUACAUUCUACUGAUAACAGCAACAACAAUUUGUCAGAGCUUGCCAACAACAGAUGCUGGUGGUCGAGGCGGUGGCGGAGGCCUUGGAGCUUCUCCACCGUUGACUGAACUUUUGAAAUCAGGAGGCGCCACCUACAAUCAUCAACUACCCCAACAACAACUGUUUGCCAUGCUGGCAAAGAGUGGUGGCGGUGGCGGAGGACUAGGAGCAGGAUCUCCGGCCCUGACAUUAGCCAAACGUCAACAUUUUCUACCACUCGACGAUGAUGAAUCUGCAGACAAUGGCGGCGGCGGUGAUAUCGAUAAUGAGGAUUUCGCCUCUUUGCAUAUUCCAUUGGAAUUCUCUCAUGCAGUGGCCUCGUCAUCCAAAUCCCAUGCUGCCGCCUCAUCCCUACAAUCGGCCUCAUUGGAAACGAAUGGCUUUGUGGCCGACGAUGGUGGCCAAUAUGAGCAGGCGGAAAAGGCUUUGGCAGCUGCUGCGGCAGCAUCUAAUGCCAAAUCCAUCGGCAACAACAACAACAACAACAUCAAUUGUCCCAAAGAGUGCAAGUGCCUGAAUAUAUUUUUCGAUUGUGAUAAAUUGCAUUUGGAGCGUGUGCCCAUUCUACCCAACUAUGUGCAAACACUGCAUUUGGCCAAUAACAAAUUGAACGACACAAGCGUCUUGGAGAUACGCAAUUUGCCAAGUUUAAUUAAACUGACACUAAAGCGAAAUCAGUUAACAGUAAUGCCAAAAUUUGUUGGUCUCUCGGCCUUAAAGCACUUGAUUUUAUCCAACAAUGGGAUUGAAAGGAUUUCUAUUGAAGCUUUAUCUGUUUUGCCUAUGCUAAAGACAUUGGAUCUUAGCAGAAAUCGAUUGAUUACCAUAGAGGCCAAUUCAUUUCCCUCUUUAAAUCGUUUGGGACAUUUAAUACUCAAUGGCAAUGAUAUAGCCAGUGUGGCUGAGCAGGCUUUUGAAGUCUUGCAUAAUUUGACGGAUUUGGAAUUGAAUAACAAUCGUUUGACUAGCCUUCCAUUGGGCGUAUUUCAGAAUCUAACUAGACUAAAGAAACUUGCUUUGAGUUAUAAUCAUUUGGAAAUCAAUUGGUCAACAUUUCGUGGCCUUUUGUCGCUACAAAAACUUCAGCUUAAGGCCAACAAGAUUAGAGCAUUGCAGGAUGGCGUUUUUCAUGUGAUGAGAAAUAUUGAGAGCAUUGAAUUGGAUCACAAUGAUAUUAGUUCACUCUCACGUCAGGGUUUCUUUAAUCUAACCAAGUUGCAUCAUCUGAGUCUUUCAAAUAAUUCCAUAUCUCGCAUUGAUUUGGACACUUGGGAGUUUACUCAGUCGCUGGAAUCUCUAGAUCUAUCACAUAAUGCCAUAAGCGAGUUCAAGUCAGGGCAUUUGGAGUGUCAACAACGUUUAAAAUCAUUGAAUUUGGCCCAUAAUAAAUUACAAUAUCUGCCGGAUAAUACAUUCGAUUGUGUUAAAAAUUUGGAAGAAUUGAAUUUGAGACGAAAUCUUUUGGCCUGGAUCAUUGAAGAUCAAACGGCGAUUGCCCCUUUCAAGGGUUUGCGGAAAUUGAGACGUCUGGACUUGCAUGGCAAUAAUCUUAAGCAGAUUAGUUCAAAAGCUUUGAGUGGAUUGAGCAGUUUGGAGUUACUGAAUCUGGGACAGAAUGCCUUGGCCAGCAUACAACCGUAUGCGUUUGAACAUAUGAUACGUUUGCAAAAACUCAUCUUCAAGUCGUUGAAUUUCAUUUGUGACUGUGAGUUGAUGUGGUUCCGUCAAUGGUAUCAGACCCGUUUUGCUGAACAGUCCCAACAGAUGCUGGCCAAUGUAGUCUGUGGUUAUCCGGAGCAUCUUUUAGAUCGUCCAUUAUUUAGUUUAACCAAUGCAGAAUUAAAGUGUGCUGAAUCUCCCAAACCCAAAGUAAUUGAAGAGCCAAGCAAUAUGUUGGCUGUAAAGGGAGCUAAUCUUACACUGGAAUGCAUUGCCACCUCACCUGCUGCUGCGUCUUUGGCUGCCACUGAUGAGCUAAAAAUUAAAUGGCGUCACGAUAAUCAACAUGUUCAGGAACGUCCAUUGGGUGUGGGCCAUGAUGGAGCCACCACAGAGACUAAGAUACAUCAUGAUCAGAGUACAAAUCAAACCACAAUCUAUGGUUACUUGCGUUUGACCAAUGUUACGUAUGAGAGUGCCGGACGUUAUCAGUGUGUAGUGUCCAAUGCAUUUGGUACAACUUAUGCCCAGAAAUUCAAGAUCUCUAUAGGAAUACAUCCGAGCUUUUUGCAUGUGCCCUCGAAUCUGACAUUGGAUGCUGGGGAAACAGCUCGUUUGGUAUGCUCAGCAAGCGGUGAUCCGAUGCCACAGAUUGCUUUGCGUAAAUUUGCUGGGGAUUUGUCAGCGGCCACCGAACGUCGUUUGCAAAGGGUGGAGGAUGCUUUCCUCAUUAUCAAUGCCAAGCCAAGUGAUUCAGGGAUAUACACAUGCACGGCAGAGAAUGCUGCGGGGGAGAUUAAUGUCAAUGCUACCCUUAUAGUCAGUGAUAAACCCCAACCGGCCAUACCUAUGGUAUAUCAGGAAGUGGUAGUUGGACGCACUUGUGUUCUAGAAUGUCUGAGUGAAGUGGCCAAUGCCGAAUUGGAGUUGGAGCAACCACAUCGUGAGUGGUUCAAGGAGAAUAAGCCCAUACACAUUUCACCCAAUACACCGGACGCUGAACGUUAUUACUUUACGAGCAGUAAGGAGUUGUUGGUCAUCGUGAAUGCCCAAUCCAAUGAUGCGGGACAUUAUCGUUGUGAGAUUACAGAUAAUUCGCGUACAUUUACACUGCAAUCUGAGCUGGUGGUCGUGAAGGAGAACUACAAUUGGGAUGUUCUCUUGUUGGGCAUAAUUGGAUUGACUGUGAUUUGUGUCCUGGUUGAUUGUUGUAUCAUUUGGUGUACAUUGCGUUAUCAAAAGAGGAAACUAUUGGCCGCCAGUCGGGUACAAGCUAGCCAGCAUACACUGGAUAUCGAUCAGACCCAAUUGACUACCCUAAAUCGUACACAGUUAUUACGUGGACAUCAAUCACAAUUGGUUCUGGAUGGUCUGCCGCUGCAACAAGCAGCUGCCACGCGUCCGCGUAGCUUGGCCGAUCUUCAGGGUGAUCAGGGUCAGGAAGGGCCAGAGGGACACAGUCGUCUGAUAGUGACGACCACACCAUCGUAUGAACAGCGUUGCCUGGAGCAAGGUCUGACUUUGAAUUAUUUGCAUCAUUCGGAUUUGGAUACACAACAAGAUCAUUUGUCUAGCAAGGAUUCGGGUACAGGAUCUGAUGCGGCUGUCAAACGUAGUCUUGAGGAUUUUGUUGUUGCCAUGCCCAGGCCAGGACAUCAUAAUCACCAUAAUGAUGAUGAUGAUGAUGACGAUGCGGAGGACAAUGAUUUGCAAUAUGCCCCAACUCGUGCAUUGGGCAUCUCCGAAUACGAUGACAUGGAGUUGUAUGAAUUGAAUCAUUCAUCACCGGAGCAGCAACAAUUCCUGCAAAAUAACAAUCAUAAUUAUGAUGGUGGUGGCGGUGCCGGCGGAGUCAGCGGUCGCAAUGGGGGCGUGGCAGUGGUACCUCGCAAAUGUAACUCAAGUGCCACCACAAGCUACAAUCCCAUUCAGCAGUCCACUCCAGUGGACAUUUAGAGAGAGAGAGUGAGAAAGGAAGGAAGUGAAACCACCUGGCUAAACCAAAUUGAUGAAAAAAAUACCAAAAACUGUGUGUUAGCCACACUGUUGGCUACGCCCCCAAAACACCCGCCUCCACCACCCAAAAACAAAAACAAAAUAUGAACAAAGACUGUUUUAAAUAGUAGUUUUCCUUUUUUUUUUACAUAUAUAUAUCUUAAUUUGCCACUGAAGGCGGCUUUAUAAUGUAGAAAGGAAUGAUAACAUUAACAUACCAGUGUCUUCGUAAUUUCUAAAAUUAAUAUUGUGGAUCUACAUUAAUUAAUUCGAAGAUGGGACAAAAAUUGGAUAUUCGCAGGGCCAACAAUUGAUUGAAAUUAAAAUUGGAAUCGAAAUUGAAAUUAAAAUUGUUGGACGAGAAUAGCUAAAGAAUAAUUUAUAUUGUAGAUUUAGAAUUUUGUUUCGCUUGUGAUAUUAUUUAUUAUUUUUUGAUUUCGAGUUUUAAGCGUAACAUUUAUAAUCCUCCCCCCAAUUCACAACUGUAUAUAACAUGCACACACACACCCACCCUCAAUCACACAUAUAUAUGUACGACUUAAGUUUAAUUAAUAUCUAAGCCGACCCGACACCCGACUAAAAACUAAUAUUGCCAAAAAUGCGGCUAUAAAUCAUAAAAUUUUUUUUUUGCAAAUUUCUAAUUUAUGUGAAUUUAAUGAAUUAUUGAAAUUAUUAUCUUUUGUUUGCUUCGUAUAAUAUGGAAAUACGUUAUUUUUUUUUCUCUUUGUAUUUGAAAUUGAAUUGAAAUUGAUUUGCCUUACCCAAAUUGGCCUUGAUAAAUACUAUAUAAAAUAUAUAUUUAAUGAAAUAUUGAUAUAUGUACAAUGAAGUCGAAAUGUUAAUA